CAUGGGGGACCAGAGGCCGCGGGACCGGCCGAGGUCCCCAGGCAUGGACUGCAAGCCCUGGUACUGUGACAAACCGCCUUCCAAGUACAUCGCGAAGCGUAAGCACAGGCGCCUGAGGUUCCCGCCAAUGGACACCCAGAACUGAAACUGGGUAUUUGUAAAGGAGAGCAUGGACAACUUCCACUAUGGCUGUCCGUCUCCCGAAGAUAUGCUCAUUUGUAGCCUUAACGAGUUCUUACUCCCCAAAAUCUCUCACAGAGGUCCCCAAGCUGACCCCAAAAGCAGGCAGAAAAAGCUGCUCAAGAAAGUGGCCCUGUUUUCCAAGCUCUUGCCAGCCCAGCCAGCACGGAAGGCAUUCAUAGAGGAAGCCCAGCUGAUGGCCAAGCAUCCCUUGGCCAUGUACCCCAAUCUGGGAGAAGAUAUGCCUCCAGAUCUCCUACUACAGGUGCUGAAACCGCUGGAUCCUGAGAGGAAGCUGGAGGACGCAUGGGUUCGUGAGGGCUGGAAGAAGACAACCAAGGCACCCACCGAGCCUGGUAAAUACCCCUGUGGGGAAUUCUGCCAGAGGCCUCCUGAGACUCAGGUGUUCCAUCUCCACCCGGAGCCUCCCAAGACUCCGGUGUCCAGUCACCCAGAGCCUCCUGAGACUGGAGUGUCCUAUCUCUGCCCAGAGCCUCCCAAGACUCAUUGGGUCUCCAGCCUCUGCCCGGAGCCCCCCAAGACUGGAGUGUCCCAUCUCUGCGCAGAGCCUGCCAAGACUCGUCGGGUGUCCAGUCUCCUCCCGGAGCCUCUCGAGACUGGAGUGUCCCAUCUCUGCCCAGAGCCUCCCGGGACUCGUGUAUCUCAUCUCUGCCCGGAGCCUCCGAAGACUCUUCAGGUGUCCAGUCUCUGCCCGGAGCCUCCCAAGACUCGUCGGAUGUCCAGUCUCCACCCGGAGCCUUCCAAGACUGGAGUGUCUCAUCCCCACCUGUAGUCUCCCAAGACUCGUGGGGUAUCCAGUCUUCUCCCGGAGCCUCCCAAGACUCGUCGGGUGUCCAGUCUCUGCCCAGAGCCUCCCAAGACUCGUCGGGUGUCCAGUCUCUGCCCAGAGCCUCCCAAGACUGCAGUGUCUCAUCUCCACCUGGAGCCUCCCAAGACUCGUCGGGUGUCCAGACUCUGUCCGGAGCCUCCCAAGACUGGUCAGAUGUCCAGUGUCCGCCCAGAGCCUCCCAAGAAUCGUCGGGUGUCCAGUCUCUGCCCGGAGCCUCCCAAGACUGCAGUGUCUCAUCCGCCUCCCAAGACUCAACGGGUGUCCACUCUCCACCCGGAGCCUACCAAGAUUCGUUGGGUGUCCAGUCUCUGCCCAGAGCCUCCCAAGACUCAUCGGGUGUACAGUCUCCGCCCAGAGCCCCCCAAGAUGCAGGUGUCCAGCCUCCAGCCGGAGCCCCCCAAGACGGAGGUGUCCAGUGUCUGCCCAGAGCCUCCCGAGAUUGGAGUGUCCCAUCUCCACCCGGAACCUCCCAAUACUCAUCGAGUGUCCAGUCUCCUACUACAGCCUGGUAAAUACCCUUGUGGGGAAUUCUGCACGAGGCCUCCCGAGUCUCAGGUGUCCCAUCUCUGCCUGGAGCCUCCCAAGACUCCGGUGUCCAGUCUCCGCCUGGGGCCUCCCAAGACUGGAGUGUCCCAUCUCUGCCCACAGCCUCCCAAGACUCCAGUGUCCAGUCUCUGCCCGGGGCCUCCCAAGACUGGAGUGUCUCAUCUCUGCCCAGAGCCUCCCAAGACUCGGGUGUCCAGUCUCCACCCAGAGCCUCCUGAGACUGGAGUGUCCCAUCUCCACCCAGAGCCUCUCAAGACUCGGAUGUACAGUCUCCACCUGGAGCCUCCCGAGACUGGAGUGUCCCAUCUCUGCCUAGAGCCUCCCAAGACUCUGGUGUCCAGUCUCCGCCCGGGGCCUCCUGAGACUGGAGUGUCUUAUCUCUGCCUGCAGCCUCCCAAGACUCCGGUGUCCAGUCUCUGCCCGGGACCUCCCAAGACUGGAGUGUCUCAUCUCUGCCCAGAGCCUCCCAAGACUCUGGUGUCCAGUCUCUGCCUGGGGCCUCCUGAGACUGGAGUGUCUCAUCUCUGCCCAGAGCCUCCCAAGACUCGAUUGUCCAGUCUCUGCCCAGAGCGUCCCGAGACUGGAGUGUCCCAUCUCUGCCCGGAGCCUCCUGAGACUCAUCGGGUGUCCAGUCUCCGCCCGGAGCCCCGCAAGAUGCGGGUGUCCAGUCUCUGCCCGGAACCUCCCAAGACUGUAGUGUUCCAUCUCCGCCCAGAACCUCCCAACCUCCCAACACUCGUUGGGGAAUUCUGCCUACGGCUUCCAGAGACUCGGGCAUCCCAUCUUUGCCCUGAGCCUCCCAAGACUCGUCAGGUGUCCAGUCUCCGCCCGGAGCCUCCCAAGACUAGAGUGUCCCAUCUCUCCCCAGAGCCUCCCAAAGCUCCAGUGUCCCAUCACUUCUUGGAGCCUCCCAAGAUUCGAGUGUCCUGUCUAAAAGAACUGCUUCAGGAAGAUACACCAAGCACAACAGAGUGUGUUUCUGACUCUCUUCAACAUAGAUACACAUCGAGAAAAAUGCAUGACUUCAAGUGGGCUCGAGACAUGGGAGUUGAUGAAGAAUCCAUCAGGAGUCUGUUUGACUUUACCCCCAAGUGGAGAGCAACCUAUGAAGACCAACAGAUUAAGAAGAUAAAAGAAUGGGUCUCAGAGCUGCAAUACACAAUAAAGCUAGAUGAAAUGGAUGAGGUCGAAUCCUUCUCACAGGAAAAAGACUGGGACAGGAAACUCCAGAUGGCACCGAAUUCUUCCACUGCACAGUGUGUGAAGAUGAGGUAUGGAGUAUGGUACCUUAAGCCUAAGUUGUGGAAAAAGCUAAGAAGUGAUCAACCUUUGAUUGACUCCAAGCUCUUACUUGAAAAGCCAGAUGAACCCGAUGUUCUUGACGAUCUUUAUGGACCAAUCGCCUUUAAGGAUUUCAUUCUAAGCAAGGGCUAUGAAAUGCCUGGCAUCAUUGAAAGGCUGUGUGCCAGGAGGGGAUGGACUUAUGACUCUGUUAAGACUCCUAUUCAACGUGCAAUGAUAUUUUACAAGUAGAAAGAAGACGUCACAGACGUAUCGGAAGAAGAUUAGACGGUUUUCAAUUUACUACUUAAUUGGGUAUUUCUUGCUCUCAUUUUAAACAUCAAU